AUAUCUUCUCCCUGGGAGACAGUUUGCACUCUUUCUCUCUUUUAUUUCAAUUCAAAACUGCACGCUAUCAUAUUACGUCCGACUGUAUUGUGAGUCUUCCCUGCACUAAAACCCCCUCCGCGUUCUCCAUUCAGACUCCACAUACAUGUACGAUGACGCCGCCAGAGGAGCCUUCGUGGGGACGCAUCCGUCACUGGCGGCCAGACUCCCGCGCCAGUGGUACGACGAACCGCUCUAUGCCAAUGACACGGAUGAAUUUCUCAUGUCGCGCCGCGCUGAAGCUGGUCAGCUGGAUCACAUGCAGGAUGACCAAGUGUUCUUCAGCCCUCAGUCAGCGGACGAGGCCGGUGUGAUAUCCCUGAGGUCAGCCGGAGACAUUUCCCUGCCCCAUCGCAAUGGCCAUUCCCGCCGAUACAGCCGUCAGCCCGGAGCCGUGACGAGAUUGCGUGAACGUGAGAACGGCGACUAUUCCAGUUCCGUGUCCGACAUCCAAAGUGUCACGUCGAGGCUGAGUUCUGUCUCGAUUGGCACGGGUAGCAAUUACAUAAAUCGAUUUGAGGAGUCUCUGUCCCUCACGCCCAGCCCCUCGUCCGACUACGAGGACGAGCUGGACCCCCGGAUGGCCGGUGCCAUGGGCAAGAUGAAGAAGAUGUCCAUGCCUCAGAAAUCGGCCACGGUGAGCCAGCGAGCGGUGAUUCAUCAGAUUCAGCCGCAGAAGCCACAGAUGCCCAACGAAAUGUUUAUGUUCGCGAAGCGAGGCUCAGUUAACAGCGCCAAAGACAACGCCAAAUUCGUCAGUCAUGUCCCUUUUCUGGACUCCCAGGGCUUCGGGCGGGACUUUGGCUGCUCCGCCAGUUCGGCGGAGAGUCUGCCCAGCGCCUCUGGCAGCAGCACCAAGGCUCUGGUCCAUCCCACGAGUCCCCUGCGCUUCGGCCAAGUCGCCACUUCAUCCCUGGAUCAGACGUGCUCCUUCACGGAGGCCUGCAACGGCAAGACGCUGAAGGAGUGCAUCUCAGACUCGCUGGAGAACGACGCAGCCAAGUUCCGGGCUGUGGAUCUCAUCAACGAGUCAAUCCCCUUCAGGUAGCAAUUUGCAGCCCGCUGACGAGUAGCGAUUUAAUUGAUGUUGAUUUACAAACAUCCCUCCGGCUACCUUGGUUUUCGCCUCAUCCUUCUUUGUCGUGCCCGUGUGUUGGCUAAAUUGGAUCUGUUAGCAAAUCGCUCUGCCAAAGUAAAUGUAAUUUUUAAUAAAUUUGUUAAAGUAUUUCGUUAAAGUAAAUUUGUUAUUAAACGUUUUAAUAAAUAACAUGGA